AGUGCGUCUCAGGAUAUCUGCUCCGGGUCGAGAAGAUAAGGUUAGAGUUGCAGGGAGGGUGGAGUAUGAGUUCACUAAGAUACCGGAUAGUGUUUUGAGAUUGAAACGAGUGCGUAAAACAUGCUCACGUAAUUCAGGACCCCGAGCCGGUGAAGGAGGUGGGCAUAUUUGGAGCAGCGCGCGCUAAACGGCGGCUUAUGGCGGGACUGUCGUACUUGGUGCUCCGCUUCUCGGGAUCCGCUGGUCGGACCUACGGCGUGUUUUCUAAAGGACUAACCAGGACUUUGUUGAUCUUUUUUAAUUUGGCGUGGCGUCUCCGCAUCCGAUUCCCGUAUCUCUACCUCAUCGCUUCCAUGAUGUUUAACGUGCGCUUACAGGUCCACAUUGAGAUCCAUUAAGUUCCUUUCACAAACUUAUGUUAACUGAUUGUCAACACCUCUGGACCGGAAGGCUCAUAUGCUGCUGCUUCAGAAGUCAGCCGAGGCCAAAGGAACUCCAGAACUGGAAGAACUAUGGAUACGCACACGAAGACGAAGCUGAAAACCUGCCCAAAGGAUAGUGUGCAGAAAAUAUCUAUGAUUACUCCAAAAAACAAAUUGGGAACUUUAUGGGAUAUUACAGUUGGUCAUCUCAGACAGUGGCUCGCUGCCGUGGCUUUGGAAUGGAAAUCUUUUGGGUGUGUUUUGUGCGAUAAGGUAAAUGUUUCAGGGAGAUGCAAUUUUUGGCUCACUUGUAACAAUUACAAAAGUGACCAAUUUUGGUUUGGGGAAAUUUUUAUCGCCUUUUUUUAAUAGGUCCACUACACCUCUGAGAUGAGUUUGCCUUUUAAUUCUAGAGGCGUGAUCAUUGUUGCAAGAUGCACACACUCUCACAACACUCAGAUUGUAAAAGGUCAGGGGAGUUUUUGUCGAUUUGUUUAUGUAGCACUUGACUGAUCUCGCACUUUCUCUGCAUGCCAUUUAAUGUGCUGAUUACAGACUGUAAUGAAGUCUACUUGUUUACCACUUAGUUUAUAAUGGAGCCUCUCAUGGGACAUAGUUUUUACAUGUAUAUAAUAUAAGGUAACAUCAGAGUUCGGGGUUGUUUGUUUCCCCCCCCACCCCAUCACACAUGCCAUUUUUUAUAGCUGAAAUCCUGCAGUAGUCUAUAAUUUACACAAUUUGAGAAACACAAUUACAAAAAUACCAAGGGAUAUAUUAUUUUAAAAAAAAAAGAAAAA